UUGAAAUGUUUUUAAUUGCACGGCUGUUAGUCACAGUCGGUCAACCUGCCCUGCUACGAUAUCCACACCCUUGCCUUGCAAAGUAAGCACUAGUAUCUAUUCAUCCUGCAUCACAGACCACGUCUCCGGCAGCCAGAAACCAACUCCAGAAACAUCUGUUAUUCCAAACUCAUGACAGUCCGGGCAGAAUGAACCAAACGCGCAACAGAUUUGAUCCCCGGAACUCCAGUCCGGAAGGUGGGCUUAACAAUGACCUGGUGGAAAAUAUCCUGAACCGAACCGGACAGAACAGGGGACAGAAUGUUCCCGACCUGACUUCAAAGACUUCGAAGCUAUCGGGAGAACCUGGCAGCAAAGAGAAUUUUUACAAGAGGACCACGCAAGCCUUGGCCGUUCUGCUCCUCAGCACAGUUACAGCAGGAGCCGGACUGCACUAUUCGAAAAUGUCCAGCGCGAGCGCGGAGUACAGCAGCUUGUUUGACAGCCACGCGGAUUUGGUGCAGAAGCUGGAAGGGAUGAAGCUGGAUUACUCCGAACUGCAGGAGAGGUACGCCGCGGUCGAGGAGCAGCUGACAUCGGUGCACAAGAAGUUUACCAGCCUGCAGGGGGCGCACUCGGACCUGCAGAGCAAGUUCAUGAGUGGCGUUGAGAAGUACCUCCCCCAAGGGGAGAACCUGCUGGAAAACACCCAGGAGAACGCGCUGGAGACGUUACCAGUGGAUCUCUCCUUCAGCGACAAUGCCGCAGGGUCCCCCGAGCGGGAAGCGGAGUAUGGCUCUGAUGACUGGACCCUCGUUUCUGAGGGGAGAGGGCUGAUAAGCGGACAAGAUUUGACAGCAGAAGUCAAAGACGACAAUUCAGGUUUCCUUAUAUCACGGGCUGCCUCCUUCCUGUCCAAACUGGGAGUUCCAGCUGUUCUCUUAUCCUUCUUCGCGUACGCCUUCAAGAAACGUGGCAGCAUAGCAGGUCAGCUUCACAAACGACUAGGGAAGAAAAUGUAUCCAGACUCUCUGAGCUCCAAAGGGAAUGGGUUUGAUGAUGUGCUGUCAGAAAAUGUAGUCCCGGUGAAUGUGCAGAAUCAACACAUUUCAUUCGAGAAACCGACUUCAACUUAUCCUGAGCAUCUCGAGGAACCCGACUCUGCCUACUCUUCUAGUUUCAAUUCCAGCAUGGAUCUCUCUCCAAAAGGUGGUGUGGUUCUGGACCCCUACACAGCGUACCCGAAACUGAUACUGUCCCAAGAUGGAAAACGCCUGCGACUGGGCGACCAAACACAGGCCGUCUCCGACAACAACCCCGAGAGAUUCGACUACUGGGAAUGUGCCGUGGGCAAGGAGGGCUUCACCUCAGGGCGCCACUUCUGGGAGGUGGACGUGGGGGAGAACCAGCACUGGAAGCUGGGAGUCACCAGAGCCUCUGCCCAGAGGAAAGGGGAGUUUAGCAUGCUCCCACGGGAUGGGUACUGGACCUUGUGGUGGUACGGAGAGCAGUUAUGGGCCCUGACUGACCCCCUGACGUCUCUAGCCCCCGGGUUGAAGGUCCAGAAGGUGGGGGUCAGUCUGGUGUACGAUGAAGGGCGGCUGUCCUUUUACGACGUGGAGAGUGGAACUCUGAUCCAUACUUUCACUGACGUCUUCACCGAGCGAAUCUAUCCGUUUUUCUGGACCUGGGAUACGAGCACAGAUCUUGUCAUAUUGUAAAUCACAGGGGCGUCGUGACUAGAGGCAGUGCAAAUGUGAGAUAAUUUCUUUUUUUUCCAGUAGAUAUCUGAGGAGCAUCUUAAGUGUUUAGUGUGAACAUCAUCAUAUCAAUCAAUAUGUGUUAGAUACUUCUCACGAUUAAAUACAGCAAGUGCUUUUGUCAGUAAAAUCGUUUAGAAGCUUAUUUUGGUCUGGGGAAAAUAUCUAUCCAGAUUGUUUUGAUUGUCUGUUAUCUAUACAUAUCUAUGUUCUUUUUUCAAAUGGUUUUUGUUUGAUGUGAAUGCAGGGCUUAUACUGCGUAUUUACUGUCAUUUUCAUUUUGAGAGAAAGAGCAGAACUCAGAAAGCCAAGACACUGUUGUCUAUGUAAAUAUCCCUGACAUCAUGUUAACCUGCAUUCUGAAAAUGGCAAUGUGAGCUACACUAAAUUAUAUGUGCUUCAGCAAUGAAAUACAAGUCUGAUCCAACUGAAAAAACACGUUGUUUUCCAUCUGAAUCGCUGUGUGUCUUUGUGUCAUUUCCCAUGUGGCUUUUGGAUUUGUCUCAUUCGCUUUGCUGCUGUCUUCAAUAAAUGCUGCUUUGGAAAUUGUAUUAACCUGAUAGGAUUAUAUGCAAGGAUAAUUAUAUAUUAUCUGUGAAAAUAAUACCCUGUAGAUUAUUUGCAAAGUUGGUAAAACCUACCUUAUUUUUUCACACUCAACUG